AUGAGCCCUUCCUUUCCUUUUCCAUAUGCUUCUGUUCCCAUCAUCCUGUUCAACCCAAAGACUUUUAAUAAUGACAUUGCCUUGGUGAAGCUGAGCUCUCCUGUGGUUUUGUCAGAGCGUGUGAUGCCUGUGUGUUUGCCAUCUGACCUUGAGCCUCCCCCUGGAGCACCAUGUCUGGUGGCUGGAUGGGGCUCACUUUAUGAAGAUGGUCCAGCGGCUGAUGUGGUGAUUGAGGCAAUGGUUCCCCUGCUGUCUCAGAGCACAUGUAAAAGUGCCCUUGGCAAACAGCUGCUCACCAACACCAUGUUCUGUGCUGGCUACUUGUCCGGAGGUAUCGACUCAUGUCAGGGUGAUUCUGGUGGGCCACUGAUCCUUCAGGACCUUAUUUCAGGGAGGUUUCAGUUAUAUGGUAUAACAUCUUGGGGAGAUGGCUGUGGGGAGAAAGGCAAACCAGGUGUAUACACUCGUGUUGUGGCUUACAAAGACUGGAUCCUAUCUGAAAUCCAUAAAUCUUUUGGAAGCAGGGAACCCACAUGUGCAGAGCUUCUGAAGACAUCAGAGCUGUCAGAGGAGCAGCGCCUAUCCGAGUUCACCUCACUCUGCCAUUUCUACAUGCUGAGCUGCCCUAUAACCUUGGACCUGUCUGGGUGCCAGCGCCUAGCCCAGGACAACUGUCAGAGCCGCUUCAAAAAGUGCCGUGCGUUAAUUUACAUUUACCUGAAUAAUCUUAAUAAUCCUGUUUAUUAUUUCAUUACAAUUAAUAUGCAUUGUGAAGUGUGAGGACUUACUUUGAA